CUCUCUCAGCCUACACAGCUUCCCAACACAACCUCAGGCUCAGUAAUGUUGGAUACGCCGCAAGAGUGAGCUCUACCUUCCACACACGCUCGGCUAUCACCUGCUUGAGGACACAUACUCGGCUAUCAUGGAGGAGGCUGACUUGCUGAAGGAGAGGCUCCAGGCUAUCACGGACAAAAGAAGAAUCCAGGAGAACAUCAACAUGAAACGGAGACAGAUUGAAGAGGAGAAGUUAAAACUACAGUACAUAAAGAAAAAAGCCCUGAGGGAGCAGUGGCUGAUGGAUGGUCUGAGUCAGCAGUCGGAGGAGGAACAGGCAGCCCUGAAGCUUCAAGCUCAGGACGAGCAGCAGCAGAGCGAACAGCUGCAGAGCAACAUCCUCAGUAUAGAGAAGGAGAUUGAGGCCUUGGAAACACAGGAGCUCAAUAUCUCUGCCAAUGAGGAAGUAGUUCUGAAGCGGUUAAAAGAGGUGGAGAGGACGACUGAGGACAUUAUUAAGGAGAUCAAUGCAGACUUCGAUGCAGAUUCAACAAAUCAUGCCAUAAUGCCACACCAAGAUGUCUCAUCAUUCAUCCCUCUUAGACCAAAGAAAGCCUCUUGUGUUCAGGAGGCAGGUUGUGAAGAGCCAAAGAAAGCUACGUUUGCGAUGGAAAUAAGUGUGGAGCAUGAUAAAAGAACUGGAAAAAGUCAGGUGGUCUCUACAACAACAAUCACCCCAGAAACCAUUGAAGAGAGGGGCUUGAAAGUGUACGAUGAUGGGCGCAAGUCCGUGUAUGCACUGCACCCAGAUGGGAGCCAAAGACUUAAUAAAGCUGUUGGAGAAAUGACAUCCAAGGAGGUGGAUGAGCUGCUGCAUAAGGCUACUGAUAAGGAUGUGCCAACUGAGGUGCAGUACCAUCUACCUGUUUACUCUGUGCCCUACACAGGGAACAGCAGGCCUUCAACACCUGGGACUCCUUUUAAAACACAGAGGCUUACCCCUUCAACCAGCCCCAGUCCUUUGCCCAAAAAUGAAACUCAAAUCCUUAAAGAGGAACACCAGAGAAGCCAAGACCCACAGGGAUGGAAAAACCCCAGCAAAACACCAAGCCCCAGCCUCGUCCAACAAGACUCCAUGCCAAAAGACCUUCAGAGUUCUGAAGAAGCCACGCUGGCCCAUUUCAACCAUCAAUCCAACAAUGAUAGUCAUUUAAGCUCAAAUGCUCAUUUUGAUGCCAAAUCUCCUCAAGGACUGACCAUAAGCAAGACAGAUACCAGCAGUCCAAACCCGGCAACUCUAGUCUCAGUCAGAGCGAGGUCUGAAGGAAUGCCACCACUCAUACAGCCGGUCUACAGGGCUGUUGAUAACCGUAGUCCUUCACUUGCCAGGCACAGGUUUGAAGCUGAUCCUGAUGCCUUAAGAGAGAGCCCAGGUGAUUUCAACAGAUACUCACCUUUUAGUGCAGAGAGUAUCUCUUCUGUAAAUCUGGUCAACACCAUGCCAGAAGAGCUGGAUUCCCAACCCAUCACAAUGAUCUUCAUGGGCUAUGAGAAUGCUGAAGAUGAAGAGGGAGAAGACAUCCAGGCUGAGCUGGUGGUUAUAGGCAACAGUGAUGAUGAGGCUGAAGAUGAUGGGAUCCAGUAUGUCAUAAAGGAAAAUGACGGGGAGGAGUGUCUCUCAUACCAUCCAGAGGGAUGCAAGAGCAAAGUCUUUCAACCCAAAGUAGGUAUGGCCAAGGAAACAGACAACAGAGCGACUACUGAGGACACCUACACAAACAAGGAUGAUUCAGGGCUUCACAAGCCAACUUUUAUCCACAAGCCUGGAAAGAAUAGUCCGUACCUGCAGGGACAAGGAGUGGAUGGAUCUGCUAACACAGGCAACAUUAAUAUGGAGAAGAUGAAGCUCUGCUCAACGGGAAGAUAGGACAAAACUGUACUUAUUGCUGAGAGACAGUCAUUGAGAAAGGAAUGUAAGAAUAGAAUUUAACUCUUUUUCUAGUUCUUCACCAUGUAUACCCAUGGUUCAUAAGUUUGAACGUAACGUGUGUAAUUGCCUAGCCUACUGCAAAUCCAUCAUUCUGCCAUGAAUGUAUGAAUGCAUAUUGUGUGAAAGAUGCCAACAACUCAUACCAUUUGGAGUAGAAAUCCAAAACAGUCUGAAA